UAACCUUGGGUGAGACCCUGUACAAGGAGAAAGGAGAUGAACUGUCGUCUUAUCAACACGAAAUUCGGCAAACCAGUGUUGUCCAUCGAAUUCUGACAUAUCCUAUUCAAGGCAAAUGGAUUCUAAUGUAGAAGAGGGUAAAGUGCCCGUCGAAGAUGGAAGGCCUUCCUCUCACCUAAGACAACAGAAUAUUCUGGCUCAGGUUUCAGCCAGUUUUUCCAAAUAUAUAAUCAUGCUUGAUAUAGGAAUGGCCAUUUGCUACUCGACAAUAGCUAUACCACCAAUUCUAGACGCUGCAGAAGGCUUAAGUAUCAAUAAAAGCCAAGCAUCUUGGUUUGCAAGUCUUGUGUUUGUCUGGCAACCUGUGGGAAGUUUGGCGUCUGUACCGAUGAGCGGUUUAGGUAGAAAGCGACUGAUGUUUUAUCUUCAAGUGCCCCUAUUUAUCGGAUGGAUCAUGCCUUACUUUGCGACGACUGUCUGGGAGCUCUAUCUUGCCAGUUCAUUUUUAGGCCUUGGUAUCGGCUUUAUGCAAGCACCCAUAGCAACAUACAUAGGAGAAGUGACUCAGCCACAAUAUAGGGGCUGGCUGGCAAGCAUCGCAUACUGCUUUUUGACCCUGGGAAACGUUGCCAUCUAUGUUAUUGAUGUAAUUGUUGGUAACUGGAGAAUUUCAGCUUUGUACGGUGCUGCAAUGCCACCAUUAACAGCUUUAGUUCUCUACUUAAUACCUGAAUCACCGGUAUGGCUUGUAAGCAAGAGGAGAUACGACGAUGCGAAAAAAUCACUCAAAUGGCUCCGCGGGUGGACAAGCGAUGAAGAGGUCGAAGAAGAAUUUCACACGAUUCUGUACAACAACUGUAAACACUAUGCUUCGUUUUUUGACUCCCAGAAGAUCGACCCGAAAUCCUUUCCAAUUGCCAAUAUUCCAGAAGAGUACAGAAAGCACUGUCAGCAGACCACAGAAGAAAUUGCUAAUAUUCAAAACGGCGAGCAGGUUCAAGUCAUGGAAGAGGAGAAACCUUUUCUCAAAUAUUUGUUGGAACCAGAAAUGUACAAGCCUAUUAUUCUCUCCCUUGUUUUCUUUUACAUGUCCAAUGGAAUCUCGAUCGCGGUCUUUCGUUCCUACUUGGUCUUGAUUUUCAAAGAAUUCAAAGUAGAAAUGGAUGAAUAUAUUAUUUUAGUUGGUGUCACUACGAUUGGACUUGUGGCAAAUAUAGUCUGUGUCAUAAUAAUGCCCUUAAUUAAAAAGAGGCGUUUGACAUUUUUGGCUGGAAUCGCAUGUACGCUUGGAGUAUUCAGCCUCGGAUUUUAUGUACUGUUUGGUGAACACUUAAAUCAAAAAUGGAUUCCGAUUGCUAUAAUGGUAGAAUUGUUCUUUGCAACCAACCUUGCCAUUGGCCACCUCCCUUGGAUUUUAAUCAGUGAAAUUUUCCCACUUAGAGGACGAUCAUUUGCAAGUGGACUGGUCGCCGGUAUUGCGAAUUUCAUGCAAUUCCUUGGUACGAAACUCUUCUGGACUUACGUUAGCUGGAUGACACUCGGUGGAACGUUUAUUAUGUACGGCUUUGUUUUUGUUAUCGGUCUGACUUAUUUGUACUUCUUCCAAGUCGAGACCGAAGGAAGAUCCCUUGACGAAAUUGUAUGUGAGUUUAAAUACGGAAAAAAAUAUCAUUCCUCGAUGAGAAGAGACCAAACUAAACUCAGGUGAAAAUUAAGAAAAAAAAAUGCAUUUCUUAUACCUGACAGUAUUUGCAAAUUUGUAUAUUUUCUACUACUUGUAUAUUUUUGUAAAUAACGUAUUUUUGUAAUUAAGAGAUUUUCUGUUUCCCUA